AUGAAAGAAAAGAAGCCGGCAAAAAGGAAAGCAGCAGACAGUGAAGAAGAAGAAAAAAAGCCUAUUAAAUUGCCUAAAACCACUAAGCAAACAACUCUAAUUGCAGAAGAAGCCAAGCUCCAAACAAGUAGCACAGGGCAAUUUUCGCGCCCUGAAAUUCGUAUAGUCUCUUGGAAUAUCAAUGGAAUCCGCGCGUGCAUAAAAAGGCCUAACCUCAAUGAGCUUGCAAGCCGCGAAAAUAUUGACGUCCUUUGCUUCAAUGAAACUAAACUUCAAGAUGCCAACAUUCCAGAAUUCCGUCGAACAUUUUCAACUUUCCCUUAUCAAUACUGGUCCUGCAGCAGAGCUAAAAAAGGUUAUUCAGGGACAGCAAUUUUAAGUAAAACAGAGCCAAUUAGUAUUGAAUAUGGAAUUGGUAGCCGUAAGCAUGAUGAUGAAGGCAGGGUUAUAACAGUUGAAUUCGACACCUUUUUUGUAGUUUCCACUUAUAUUCCAAAUGCUGGCCAAAAAUUAGAAAGACUUAAAUAUAGAACUGAGGAAUGGGACGUUGAUUUCAGAAAUUAUAUAAAAGGACUGGAAAAUAGAGGAAAAAGCGUAGUUUGGCUUGGGGACUUAAAUGUGGUACAUCAAGAUAUUGAUAUUUAUGAUAUGAAAGGGAAAGAUAAAUGUGCAGGAUGCACAAAGCAAGAAAGAGAGCAGUUUACAGUUACUCUAGGACAAGGAUUUGUAGACUCCUUUAGAAAUCUGCACCCUCAAGAAAGAAAAUACUCAUGGUAUAGCGCGAAAAAUGUGAGAGCAAAAAGUGAAAAUAUGGGAUGGAGGCUGGAUUAUAUUGUGGUCAGUCAAAGAUUAAUGCCAAGGGUAAGGGACAGCUUGAUUCAUGAUGAUAUUCCUGGAAGUGACCAUCAUCCUGUUGAGCUGGUUUUAACUAAUAAUUAA